CAUCAUUUAGCGUCCCGAAAACUAUUACAAAUAAAUCGGCCUUUUUAUAGAUAACAGAUAUUCCCUUGAAUCCUGCUGUGAACUUGGAGCCGCAGAAGAUGCUGGCAACCUGAACUGUGGCGAUUGAUUCGUCUAUUAGUCAAGCCACAUUCGCACCGCCACUCAUGGGUUGCCCUGCGUGGGAGCGCCCCACUCAUACCUGCGGCCCCAUUUUCAACGUCGCCGCCAGUCGCGCUUGGAGAAAGCUACAACGCGAAUCGUCACCCAAACCGUCGCUCACACCUCUGGAAGACAUCAUCACCCACCCGGAUCCAAAACAGUCGCACGACGAGUACCGCUAUCCCCGCGCACAAACCUCACAAUGGCGAACUUUCUGGCAUCAAUUUUCGGAACGGAGCAGGACAAGGUCAACUGCAGUUUCUACUUCAAGAUUGGCGCCUGCCGACAUGGCGAUCGCUGCAGCAGGAAGCACGUCAAGCCGACGUACAGCCAGACCAUCCUGAUGCCCAACAUGUACCAGAACCCGGCACACGACCCGAAGAACCGCAUGAACGAGUCGCAGGCCCAGAACCACUUCGAUGCCUUCUACGAAGACCUCUGGUGCGAGCUCUGCAAGUACGGCGAGCUGGAGGAGCUGGUUGUGUGUGACAAUAAUAACGAUCACCUCAUAGGCAACGUCUACGCGCGCUUCAAAUACGAGGACUCGGCGCAGAAGGCCUGUGACGAGCUUAAUAAUCGCUGGUACGCGGCGCGGCCCAUAUACUGCGAGCUGUCACCCGUCACGGACUUUAGAGAAGCCUGUUGUCGUCUUAACAGCGGCGAGGGCUGCGCGCGCGCCGGCUUCUGCAACUUCAUACACCGCAAGAACCCGAGCGAGGAGCUCGACCGGGAGCUGCAGCUCAGCACCAAAAAGUGGCUUAAGAUGCGCGGCCGCGACGAGCGCUCUGUCAGCCGCUCGCCCAGCCCAGAGCCUGCUAGGCGCCGGUUCUAGCCUCCAGGGCCAUUGAAGACGCUCAUUUAUGUCUUGGGACUGUAUAAUUUCAUCCUUUGGAGUUGGGGCGUCAAAACUGCAUAAUUAUCGAGGAUUGGGGGUUGCCUAGUAAGAGGUUGCUUUUAUGUUGCUGGUUAUCAAUACCCCAACUCUAGGGCCACUGGGAGGGCAGCGAGAUCUGCGCUUCCUCGGAGCGCGUUGCGUGCUAUGUAGAUGGGCUUAGACUCGAGUCCUUCCAAAAUAGAAAACUCAUGAGACGAGGUUAACCGUGCA